UGGAAAGGACGCCUGAAGAAGUGGGGCGUCUUCCUUUUGCAUUCGGCAAUCCCGUUACGUGCUCCGACCCGUCCGAGACAUAGCCGGAUAGUCAGUGUUCAGCUAUCUUUCGAUCCGUCUUCUUCGCAACCAGUUUCUCAGCCCGUCUGACACCACGCCAGGCAAAACAGAGAUUGGCUGCCGACGAUGACAGUAGAUGGUCGGACGAUUCCAAAACACCGUGAGGAAAUUUAAAAUUAAUUCCGACUUCCUUCCCUCUCAGAGGCGAUGAGGCUGUUCAAAAGGAGGAGUUCCGACCCGAACCCCCAGCUGGUCAGCUUGGCACCGCUUUCUAUAGAAGACACAGAAGAAGAAUGCCAUCUGAAACAGUGGCAGCAGAGGUCGGGACAGGCGUCUCCGGUGUCCGUCGGUUCUUCGACUCCGUUAUCCAGCUCACCGUCUUUAUACAGAAAAGGACUCUCGACGUGGGGAAAGAAAGUGGGCAAAAAAUGGGAACAUUUGAAGAAAAGCGAUUCGAUCGAAAUUUUGGAAACGGGCCCCAACAAGACGAACAGCGGCAAAUCGACGAAUUCCAAGAGAGUUUCCAGAGUCGAAUCGCUCCGGCACAUGUUCGCCCGUGGCAACUCGCACGUCCUGUCCCAGGAUAGAAAGGAAAGCGGAAAAUCCGGAAAACCUCCGACGGACUCCAAGAGGAACGGGACCGAUUGGGUGAAAAACGAGUGUCAAAAGGGGAUUUCGGAUCUUUACCAAUUGAACAGCAUGCUAAUGAAAAGUAAAAGUCGUAAAACCGACAAAAAGUCUAAAGACGAGGACUCAAUAUUCAAAAGGAAGACCAUCGGCACAGUCGUGGAAAAUCCGAACGAACCAGACUGCAACGCUAAAAGCACUUUCAGUCAAAUAUUACCCUCGAACAGAGACAAAACGGAAGGCGGGAGCUGUCUGUCGAAGCUGACGAAUAACGCGUCGAAAUGCGGCGGCGGCACGACUGCCAAGCCGACCUGUUCGUCGUUGGACAAGUCGAAAAAAAAUUACCAAGACAAGAAAAGCCCGGCCUCGGAAGAGAAAACGAAAAGGAACGGCUUUUCCCCCAAUCCGCCUGCGACGGCGAAAAAAUCGAUCCCCGCUUCCGUCCCGUCUAUACCCGUCAGUCUCAGGACUCAGCCUCAUCUCAAAGAGAUUUACAACUUUUUAAACAAUUUCAUCAUAAUGAAAUCUGAAGAGAGCGGGUACGAGAGCGACAACAUGCGGACCGGUGCGGGAAGCCCUCCGGAUCCGGAGUCGGACGGCUUCAGGAAGAAGGAGGCGAACGGGGUCCCAGACCUGCUGCCCAGCCUCGGGAAGACGAGGACUCCGGUCGUCUAUCCGACUGCGAAAAAAGGACAGAACGAAGGAGGAGACGACGCGAACGUCACACCGCUUCCUUCCGAGUAUUAUGCCACGGAUAUGGCGACUGGGAAAAAAGACCUGGACAACACCUUCAAACGCAGCAUAGCCCUCGAGAAAGAAUUCAAAAAGUUCGACAUUGUCAAAAACGAAAACACCGAGCUCGGAAUUUACAUAGAAAAAAUCGAAACGGGCCCAACCAAGGGAACUUACUUGGUCUCAAACGUCGAACCAGGUGGUGUUAUCGACAGCGAUGGAAGAAUCAAAGUCGGCGAUGAAAUAAUAAAAGUAAACGGGACGAGGCUGAGAGGGUUGACGAUUCAAGGCGUUCGGAAGUUGAUGCAGACUAAUUCGUCCAACAUCGAAGUGGUCAUCGCCAGAUGGAACAACGCUUUCGAGUACUUCGACCGUAAGAACGUGGAUCAUCCCCCGAAGCCCCUUCCAAAGGUGUCUACCUUCCCGGCCGAAUAUUCCAAAGUGCCCUUGACCCAGACGACGAACCGUUUGAUCUCGAUCGCCGACAUGGACGCCAACCCUCUGAUGGCCAGGCCUGGACCUCCGACGGUCCUCGGCCAGAACGACCGGAGAAGGAGCCUCCAGGCGCAGCCCAGAGUCGGGACGAAGGCCCAGUUCGGCAAACCGCCCAUCGCCCCCGAAGAGAAGAAGGAGACGGACCCGGCCAAGACGGGGAUGAGGAAGUUCUCCACCCACGGCGACAACUAUCUGAAGAAUCGGACGGAUUUCGGCCUCCGGGCCAUCAGGUCCAAUAGACCCAAGUCGCUCACUCUUUCCAUAUUCACUGUCACUUUGCACAAGGGUCCCGGGCACAAGUCUCUCGGAUUCAGCAUAGUGGGAGGCCACGACUCCCCUAAGGGUAACCUCGGCAUUUUCGUCAAAACUAUUUUUACGACUGGACAAGCAGCAGAAAACGGAAAUUUACGCGAAGGUGACGAGAUAUUCGCGGUGAACGGCGCCGUUUUGCAAGGGUUGACUCACGCCGAAGCGAUUGCAGUCUUCAAAGACAUUAAAAGUGGACCGGUGAUGAUGCACGUCGGCCGGAGGGACAACUUGCCCACCAGGUCCAGCAAAUCCAAAUCCUGUGAUAAUUUGGACAAAUGUAACGACAACUUUUUCACGAAGUGAAUAGAAAGACUUCGCCUGCAAAUAAAAGAUUAGUUAAAUAAUACUACACGCUACUUUAUAACUUAAUUAAUAUGUAUAUAAAACUUAUUACGUAAUCUGUGAACAUUUCAAGUUCCUAAUAAAAUUAUUAUUGACAGUA